AGAGAAUCAGCUCGUUUGGCUGCAUGGCACGUUGUGGCACUUGCCUAUCAGCUUGCCACCAAUUUUCCAAGCAUCCGGCAGGAUGUGAACAGAGCGAUCCGCAACAAUCAUGCUCUACUAGACCCAGACACGCCUCUCUGUAACCAGAUGGAGGGUCCCUUUCUCCAACCCCUCCGGAAACUUCGACUCAGAUUGUGUGGGUGUCAGCCUCUGACGUUUGUUGUCGAUGCCCUUGAUGAAUGCACACCCGAACCUGAG